CUCUCUCUCUCUCUCUCUCUCUCUCUCUCUCUCUCUCUCUCUCUCUCUUUUGUGAUCCAUUUGCAGCUUACUUCACUUCCUGCCUCCUCAUCCGUCGACUGCUGCGGAACUGCUGGUUUCUCGGCUGCUAUUUGGAUUCGGAGGUUGCGUCGAUUUCGAGAAUGUUGAUGUAAAGUUUGGUUUUUUCGCUUUUGACUCACCAUGAUGAUGCCAGGAGCUGAUACCCAGGAUUAAUUCCUGUGGAUCAUUGUAGAUAUUCAUCAGAGGAUAUAGCAAGAUUUAGUGGAUCUGUUUUGCUAAAGCAUAAUGGGUUCAAGAUUCCCAUCGCAUCAGCUCAGCAAUGGCCUGUAUGUUUCGGGUAGGCCAGAACAGCCAAAAGAGAAGCCUCCAACAAUGAGCUCAAUUGCCAUGCCAUAUACAGGUGGAGAUAUUAAAAAAUCAGGUGAACUUGGUAAGAUGUUUGAUCUUCACAUGGAGAAGUCUAGAAAAUCUGGACCUCUCCCCAGUGCUCCCUUAAGAAAUGGAUCGUUUGGAGGUGCAGCUCCUCACUCGGGACCGGUCAUGCCUAAUGCCUCUGGUCGUUCUAGCUAUUCUGGUUCCCUCUCUUCUGCAGUUCCUGUUUCUAAUUCUUCAGUAAACAGACAAAAGUCUAAUUCUGGACCACUUAAGCAUGGGGAUUCAAUUAAAAAGUCAUCUGGUCCUCAAUCUGGAGGUAUAAACCCAAUGGCUCGCCAGAACUCUGGCCCUCUCCCACCACCACUCCCAGCUACAGGACUCAUCACAUCUGGCCCAAUUAAUUCCGGACCACUUAACUCGAGCAGUGUACCUCAUAAAGUAUCUGGUCCACUGAAUUCAAUUGGAUCAGUGAAGCUACAUAACACCACUGUUGUUCAUAAUCAGGCUGUCACUAAUCUUGGUCAAGAGGAGGAUUAUUCAUUCAAGGGGAGCUUGCCCAAGCCAAUAUUGUGGUCUGUAGUUUUGCUGUUUGUGAUGGGGUUCAUAGCAGGGGGCUUCAUUCUAGGAGCUGUUCACAAUGCCGUUCUUCUUAUAGUUGUUGUGAUUAUUUUUGGAGCAGUUUCUUCGCUUUUCAUUUGGAACACUUGCUUUGGAAGGAGAGCAAUCAUAGGAUUCAUUUCUCAAUAUCCUGAUGCCGAGUUGAAAACAGCAAAAGAUGGGCAAUAUGUCAAGGUUACUGGGGUUGUCACAUGCGGAAAUUUUCCCCUUGAGUCAUCAUACAGUAAAGUUCCUAGAUGUGUCUACACAUCUACUAGUUUAUAUGAAUACAGGGGCUGGGACUCCAAAGCUGCCAAUUCGAAGCAUCGCCACUUUACUUGGGGAUUGAGAUCAAUGGAGAGGAAUGUGGUUGACUUUUAUAUCUCUGACUUCCAAUCGGGCUUGAGAGCUUUGGUUAAAGCUGGCUAUGGUGCUCAGGUGACCCCAUAUGUUGAUGAGUCUAUUGUUUUUGACAUCAACCCGGACAACAAGGGCUUUUCGCCUGAAUUUCUAAGGUGGUUGCGCAAAAGGAAUCUAUCCAGUGAUGAUCGUGUUAUGCGCUUGAAAGAAGGCUACAUCAAAGAGGGCAGCACUGUUAGUGUAAUGGGGAUUGUCAGAAGGAAUGACAAUGUCUUGAUGAUAGUACCACCUUCGGAGCCCUUCUCAACAGGAUGCCAAUGGGCAAAGUGCAUUCUCCCAGCGAACCUUGAAGGAAUCGUAUUGAGAUGCGAGGACACUUCAAAAAUCGACGUCAUACCAGUAUAAUGUAUAUAGUUAGUUGGCGUUAAAAUAAUUGUUUUAGAUGUCAAAUCUAUAAUCGUGUUUUGCCUGUUGGCUUUAGCAAUGCCUAAAAUGAAGCAAUGAUUUGCAUAAGGAGGAACUUUUAUCCUCUGAAUGUGUUUGAUUGUGUAGCCUUUUUGUGUUUCACCUUCUUGUUGAGUUCAAGUACAUCUGUAAGAAGGUCAGUUUGAUUACUACAGUUGAUGAGGUCUUUGAUGUAAUUGAAAUGGAAGGUUAGACUGGCAGUAUAUUUCGCUGAGACAAACUUUCUACCUAUCUGAAUAAAUUGGAUCUGUAGAUUGGUUGCUGUUUUUUA